AUGGUGCUUCAAGAUCUCGGGCGGCGCAUCAAUGCCGCAGUUACUGACCUCACGAGGUCGCCAAACCUCGAUGAGAAGGCCUUCGAAGCCAUGGUCAAGGAGAUCUCCAACGCCCUCGUCGAAGCCGAUGUCAACGUCAAACUCGUCAUGAAUCUGCGCCAGUCGAUCAAAAAAGCCGUCGACUUCAAGCAUCUCGCGCCGGGAGUCAACAAGAAGCGCCUCAUCCAGAAAGCCGUCUUCGAUGAGCUCGUCAAGAUGGUCGACCCGCAUGCCGAACCAUUUAAGCCUCGCAAGGGCAAGUCGAACGUCAUCAUGUUUGUUGGUCUACAGGGUGCGGGUAAGACGACUACAUGUACAAAGUUGGCCAGAUGGUAUCAGGCAAGAGGCUUCAAGGCUUGUUUGGUGUGCGCCGAUACCUUCCGUGCUGGUGCCUUCGAUCAACUGAAGCAGAACGCGACCAAAGCGAAGAUUCCAUACUACGGUAGCCAUACACAGACCGAUCCCGUCGUCGUGGCAGGCGAGGGUGUGGAGAAAUUCAAGAAGGAGCGCUUCGAGAUUAUCAUCGUGGAUACCUCCGGGCGACACAGGCAAGAGAAAGACCUCUUCGACGAGAUGGUGCAAAUUCAGAAUGCCGUAACGCCCGACCAGACAAUCAUGGUGCUGGAUGGAACAAUCGGUCAGGCUGCUGAGUCGCAAGCACGCGCCUUCAAGGAGGCUGCAGAUUUCGGAGCCAUCGUCAUUACCAAGACGGAUGGUGCAGCAGCAGGAGGUGGUGCCAUUUCCGCAGUCGCAGCAACCCACACGCCCAUUGUCUUCCUUGGUAACGGAGAGCACAUGCUGGAUCUCGAGCGCUUCGCACCGCAAGCUUUCGUCUCGAAACUUCUCGGUAUGGGAGAUGUGCAAGGGCUGGUCGAGCACGUACAAUCACUCAAGCUCGACCAGAAGGAUACAAUGAAGCACAUCACACAGGGUAUCUUCACCAUCAAGGACCUGCGGGAUCAGCUAUCCAACAUCAUGAAGAUGGGACCGUUGUCUAAGAUGGCAGGCAUGAUUCCCGGUCUCAGCAGCAUGAUGGGCGGUAUGGACGACGAAGAGGGUGGCACAAAGCUCAAGCGCAUGAUCUACAUCUGCGACAGUAUGACCGAGAAAGAGUUGGAGUCGGAUGGAAAGAUGUUCGUCGAUCAACCCACACGUAUGACCCGUAUCGCUCGUGGCUCCGGUACCUCAGUGCGCGAAGUCGAGGAACUACUUACCCAACACCGCAUGAUGGCUGGUAUGGCGAAGAAGAUGAAGGGUGGAAUGGCAAACAUGCAGAAAGCACAGGGCGCCAUGGGCGGAGGCAACAAGCAACAACAACUUGCAGCUAUGCAGAAGCGUAUGCAAAGUAUGGGAGGAGGCGCAGGUGGUGCGGGCGGCGGUAUGCCGGAUAUCGGUGCUAUGAUGAAGAUGCUCGGUGGAGGCGGCGGCGGCGGCGGCGGCAUGCCAGAUAUGUCCGCACUUGGUGGCAUGGGAGGUAUGCCUGACAUGGGUGCUAUGAUGAAGAUGAUGGGUGGUAUGGGUGGUAUGCCGGGAAUGGGUGGAGGUGGUGCUGGCGCUGGUCAAGGGAAGGGAAGGAGGUAG